UUGCCAUUCGCUUUCAAAUUGAACAAAAGAAAAACUGGAUUUCCAGGAACUAAUAAAAUGUGUGACAAACAAAAUUUUAUAAUUUCUGGAAAAAUUUGUGCUGUCACUGGUGGUGCUAGUGGAAUUGGCUUAUGUUUUGUUAAGCAAUUAUUAGAACAUGGUGCGCAGAAAGUUUACAUAUUAGAUUUUAAUGUGAACGCCGGUGUUGAAGCGGAACAGCAAUUGCAAGAAAAAUAUGGCGUAUCUCGUGUAAAAUUCAUUCAAACUAACGUAGUUGAAGAAGACAAGUUAAAAGAAACUUUUGACCAAAUCAUUACUGAAAGUCAACGUCUGGAUAUUUUCAUGAAUAAUGCUGGAACUAUUGUCAAAGACUUGCUGAUUUCAGUUAAUUUGAUUGGUGCAUACCACUGUUUAGAUUUAGCAGUAAACCACAUGUCAAAAGCAAAUGGUGGUUCAGGAGGUGUUAUCAUUAAUACGGCAUCAAAUUUAGGAUUGAUGGGCUGUUACACUAGUCCAUUAUAUGCAGCUUCUAAGCACGGUGUAAUUGGAAUAACAAGAUCAUAUGGACAUCCAUGUUUUUACGAAGAAUCAGGAAUACGUGUUAUGGCAAUAUGUCCAAGCUCAACUGAAACACCUCUAUUAAAUUUAGUAAAAGGAAGCAAACAGUUGAAAGGACACAUAGGACGUGAAUUGAAUCUAUCACAAUCCCCUGAAAACGUAGCCAAUUGCAUGUUAUUAGCAUUGAAUGAAGGUGAACCAGGUUCUAUAUUUGUAUCGGAAUGCGGCGAAAAUUAUGAAAUAGAGGUUCCUCAAUAUAAAGAUUUACGA